AGAAGAAGCCAACAUGGCGUCUGUGUUUGUGCCACUGUUGUUGUGUUUAUCAAUCUUUUUUCGAACAACACUCUCUUUCAAACUUUUAUCUGAACCGUGCUAUAAACCCAUUUUGGACGACAGACCGGACUCCGUCAGGACUGGACCUCGGCCUCAUGAGUACAUCAGCGUGUCAGAACUUCCGUCCGCGUGGGACUGGAGGAACAUCAAGGGGAAGAACUUUGUGAGCACCACGAGGAAUCAGCACAUCCCGCAGUACUGCGGCUCUUGCUGGGCGAUGGGAGCCACCAGUGCGCUGGCCGACCGCAUCAACAUAAAGCGAGGAGGAGCCUGGCCCUCGGCCUACCUGUCCGUGCAGAACGUGAUCGACUGUGCAAACGCCGGGUCCUGUUACGGAGGAGACCACGUGCCGGUUUACGCCUACGCCCACCGGAGUGGCAUCCCUGACGAGACCUGCAACAACUACCAGGCCGUCAACCAAAAGUGCGACCAGUUCAACCAGUGCGGCACCUGUUCCUUCUUCGAGAGCUGCGCUGUGGUGAAGAACUUCACCGUGUGGAAAGUGGGCGACUACGGGAAGGUCACAGGGAGGGACCACAUGAAAGCAGAACUUUACACCAACGGGCCUAUCAGCUGUGCUCUGAUGGCCACUGACGCUCUUGAGCAAUACUCCGGCGGCAUCUUCUCACAGUUCCACCUGCUCUCUUUGCCCAAUCACAUCGUGUCUGUGGCCGGCUGGGGCGUGACUGAGGACGGGACGGAGUACUGGAUCGUGAGGAACUCCUGGGGAGACUUCUGGGGGGAGCACGGCUGGGCCAGGAUCGUCACCAGCGCUUAUAAAGGCGGAGAAGGGAACUGGUUCAACCUGGGAAUCGAGAAGCAUUGCGCAUAUGGGGACCCCAUUGUGGCCUAGGUUCAUGAGCUGAUCUUCCAAAGCUGAUUGUGCUGUUGAGAACUUGAGCCGAUGAGGAAGUGGACUGUGAAGCCGCUUGUAAGGAGGAAGAGGAACCAGCUCAGUCACAUGAGAGGAACCAGUUGAGUCACCUGUUUUUUGAGAGACGAUAGAACACUCUCCAUACAAAGCCCUCAUUCUGAUGUCCAACCACAACAAUGAAUGGAGUCACGCCUUUCAAUGAUUCCACGCUGGAACGUCACACCAGUUUGUCAAGUUAGGAUUGCAGCAUGACGCGAGUGUUGUGAGAGCAGGACCAAGCAGAUGGAGGAAGUGUCGCCAAACAUUCAAGAAUAUGACAGUUUAGUCACGGAACUGACACAUUCAUAAAAGCAAUCUAAUGUCAGCUAAUAUUUCGUUGACCUGUUUUAAUUUCUUCUCCAUUUAUCACCACUUUUUAAUGUUUUUUUUUCCCCACAUUUGUUUUAUGUAUAAACUUAUUUCUAGCGACACCGUCUGGAGCGGUUAUCAACUGACUUCACUG